AUGCAACUCCACACAGGCCGUGCUGCCCUGAUCUGCGCAGUAUUUGUCUCCGCCAUGACCAUGUGCUCAUCGCCUCCCAGAAUGCCGGCUCGAUUGCCAAGACCUCUGCGGCGAGGAAACUCAAACAGGAUAUGCGCCAAUUGUGUGACAGAGGGCUACGAGGUAAUUGAUGGUCAGAGGUGUCUCUACGAGCUCCCUUCUCCUGCCCGGCGACCUUGUCAGGAGAUUCUUGAACCCAUUCGGGGCGAGCCGCCCUGUCCUGGAAUCAUAACUGGUAAAGAAUGGCGCUGCGACAAAUGCAACUGCAGACUUUUCGAAAGUGCGCAAGGGUGCCUCACCUGCGAAUCUGGGAAGGCAAAGCGCUACUUUCCUCAGUCACGUGCACCACCUGAAUGA